ACCGCUCUCUAUCUUUCAUGAGUGCAACCUACAGCUCCCGUUUUGUGAGAGGAGCAAUCACAACUCACGUUGUUUGCAGAUUUUGGAUUUAAUCGUGUACUUUUAACAGAAGUUUAGAAGGAGAGCGCUCUGUGUGGAGUUUAUAAGGAUCUACGGGGCAUGAAAGUGGAGCGGACGCUUCAAACAAAGUAAAAAAGGGGGUAGACCUGUCCGUUUGAUGGCUGCUGGGGAUGGAGCCCAGCUGCCGGCCACAGUAGCGGCCAGCCGGAGCGUGGAGAAGGCGCUGGAGGAGGCUGCCGCCAGCGGGGCUCUCAACUUGUCUAACCGAAAACUGAAGGAGUUUCCCCGAAGCGCCAGGAACUACGACCUGUCCGACAUUACACAUGCAGAUCUGUCCAAGAACCGUCUGUGCGAGCUGCCGGAGGAGCUCUGUCAGUUCAUCUCUCUGGAGACACUGAGCCUUUACCACAAUGGGAUGCGUUCGCUGUCCUCCAGCCUGGGAAACCUCCAGGCCCUCACCUACCUCAACCUCAGUCGUAAUCUUCUGUCCAGUUUACCCCCGUCGGUGUUUCAGCUUCCCCUCCUGCGAGUGCUCAUCGUCAGCAACAACAAGCUGUCUUCACUGCCCGCCUCCGUAUACUCCCUCACACACCUCCGACAGCUGGAUAUGAGCUGUAAUGAGCUGCAGUGUUUGCCUGCAGAGCUCGGUCAGCUGGAGUGCCUGAGGGACUUGAACCUAAGGAGGAACCAGCUCACCGCUUUGCCUGAAGAAAUAUCCGAGCUCCCUCUGGUCCGGCUUGAUGUGUCUUGCAACCGCAUUUCCCACGUGCCCCUCUGCUACCGCCACCUUCGGCACCUCCAGAGCAUCUCGCUGGACAACAACCCGCUGCAGAUGCCGCCUGCGCAGAUCUGCUCCAAAGGCAAAUACCACAUCUUCAAGUACCUCAACAUGGAGGCCUGCAAGAGGAGCCAGGAGGAGCUGGAGAGACAUCUGAGACCCACCGGGUUCAACAGCUGCCUGUCAGACCAGGAGCUUUUCACAGGUCAGUUUGGAGGACUGGACUCUGGCUUCAACAGUGUGGACAGCGGCAGCAAGAGGUGGUCUGGCAAUGAGUCAGCUGACGACUUCUCCGAGCGCUCCCUCCGCAUGGCUGAGGUCAGCAGAGACCAGAGGAACCUGGAGGAGGAGGAGGAGGAGGAGGAGGAGGCAGAUGGAUCUCCUCUGGAGGUGAACAAAGUGAAUGGAGAGGCUGAGCAGCUGGACUUCAUCGACAGUAUUGUGACAGAGGAAGAGGAAGAGGAGAUCAAGAUGGAUCCACCCACACCUCCUUUGGAUCAGAAGGAGAAAUCUUCAUCAUCCCAAAACCAGGACUCAACAAUAUGCAGGUCCAGCCUCCAUGUGGACGUUGGCCCCCCGUUGUCGGCUUCCUCGUCUCCCCUGUCCCCCUCCAGCCCCACCCUAGAGGAGCGGAGGAGGCCGGGCACCUUGUUAAUCUGGCAGGAGAGAGAGCGGCUGCAGCAGCAGAGGGAGAAGGCCAGUUUUCUAAAGUCAUCGACCAAAACAGGAAGUCAUGUGGCCACGGCACCACAGAUAGGAAGUAGCUCAGCUGGUGCAUCUCCAGAGAACAGCAGCUCCCACUCAGGCCUGCGGCAGAGAUGUGCAAGCGCUGACCAGAUGAGCACAGUGUCUCCUUCAGUUCUGCUACAACGCUCCUGCAGCAGAACAGAUGUCCCGUCCUCCCCGAAGAUGUCCCCUCCCUCUGGUCAGGCCCAGAAACCCAACAGCUUCCUGUUCCGUGCCUCCUCCCGCAGCAAUGUCAAACCCACAGGACCAGUCUUCACUCUGGGUGAGUCUGGCAGAAGCGAGUCUCGCACAACGCUGCGUUCUCCUAAAGAGGAGAGCCCGGAUAUUACACAACUACGCAAGACUCUGGAGUCCUGGCUGAAGAUCACUCUCCCGGAGGAUCUGGGUGAGGCCUUAUCGAACGGCACCGUCCUCUGUCAGCUGGUCAAUCACAUCCGUCCUCGCUCCGUGUCAAUCAUCCACAUUCCCUCCCCAGCAGUGCCAAAACUGAGCUCAGCAAAGUGUCGACUCAACGUGGAGAACUUCAUAGCUGCUUGUCGCAAGCUGGGAGUCACUGAGGAUUCCCUGUGUUCUCCUCAGCUCAUUAUGGAGGAUGAGGGGCUGAGCCGGCUCGCCCAGACUGUACAGGUGUUGGUUGACCUGGCUGACGGCUCCCAGAGGGCCCCCAAACAGGAAACGUCUGGGGCUCCUGGCGUAACACAAUGCUAGUUCUACGUAGCCGCAUCUGCAAAGAUUUAACAGCAUCACACCAAAGAGAUCCAUUUCAGGGCUAGAGUUUGUAUUUAAAAUGCUUCAUAUUUGAAUUAUUCCAUUGACUCUUCCAAACAUCAGAUACAUGGUUAUGGUUCAAAUAAAUCUGUGAAUGACA